UUGAAUCUUUGUAACCAAAUGGAAAAAGGGUUUGUAAUGAGUUUCUUUUGAUUAUGCUUGCUUGCUCCGAUCAAACUCAAGGCCAAAGUUCUAAAGGAGCUUUCCAUUAUGUUAUUGUAUAAUCUCUCUCUAUUCAGCUUUUUUUUUGUCGAUUAAAGUCCAUAAACACCAAGUCAUAGUGUUAUUAAUUAGUAGGUUUCUGAGAUGAUUUGUUGCUAAAGACUAGUUAUGAUUUAUAUGGGAAACAAGUAAUUUCGUACUCCGACUUUUUAGCAAGGGAAUCGGCAUAAAAAUUUAAGAUAUAUACAAAAUUUACAAAUAUAGUUAAGAUGAAAAACUUAUAAACUACUUCUAAACUAAAUAAAAUAAUAGUUAUGUCAUAUUCCUUCCGUUUCAAUUUAAUUGUUCUUGUAGAAUAAAAUUGUCGUUUCAAAAUAAGUGUAGUUUUAUAAUUUCAAUGCAAAAUUUAUUGAUUUUAUAUUUCAAUUUAUUUUUCUAUUGGUUAAAAUGUGAUUAGAUAUAUUGGUAAUGAUGUUUUUACUUAUAAAUAUGUAAACUUAAAUGUUUAUUUUGUGUGUCAAAUUCUAAAACAACAAUUAAAAUGAAACUGAUAAGAGUAUAUGGGAGUCUUCAAUUAUCUAAAUCUUCAUUUCAUCUUCAUCCCUUUGUACGUAGUUGUGUAUACUACAAGUACCAUUAGUAAAUUAGUAGUUUUGCAAGCCUGUGAUUUGGUCUUAAGUUCUUAACACAAUAACACAUGAUCUUAGAGCCCACUAAAAAUGAGCCGGGUUAAUCACACACGCACCAGAAUUUUAUGCAGCUGGUCGUUGACUUGUACAAUUCCCGCGAGUGCAGCAACAGUAUUUUAUAAACAUAAUUUGAGCUCAUUACCAUCUAAUCUCUCAACAACUAUCAUUUAAAAACUAUAAUUAAUAUAUUAAUAAGAAGAUAAAUUGGUAUUGGUUAUAAGUUAGUGGCUUUUCCUUAUGUACAUUUUCUCAGAAAAUCAAGAAAAGCAAAAGGUUUUCUCUAUUCUUCUUCUUCCGAUGUAUCAAAUCUUCUUCUUCUUCUUCUUUGUUACAACCUUCCACAGUUAUUACUAUGUCUCAGCUCAGCCUCCUGCUCCUCCGCUCAGUAACGGCGACCUGGUCGCCAAUUUCGAGCCUAGUUUAGCCAUAGUCACCGGAGUUCUCGCCAUCAUGUUCGCACUCACUUUCGUCGUCCUCGUCUACGCUAAGUGCUGCCACAUGGAUCUCCUAUCAGGUUCCGGCGACGGUAGGCGGCAAGAUCGUCUGACCCGACAAGGGUUUUUCUUUAACCGGUCAACUAACUCCUCAGCUCGAUUCUCCGGUUUAGACAAGACAGCUAUCGAGUCACUUCCUAUGUUUAGAUUCUCUGCUUUGAAAGGAUCAAAACAAGGGCUCGAGUGUUCUGUCUGUUUGUCUAAAUUCGAGAGCGUCGAGAUUCUUAGGUUGUUGCCUAAAUGUCGUCACGCUUUCCACAUCGGAUGCAUCGAUCAGUGGCUUGAGCAGCACGCAACGUGUCCCCUCUGCAGAGACAGAGUCUCAAUCGAAGAGGACACCUCUGUUUAUGUAAACAGUUUUAGGUUCUUGAAUGAGUCUGCGAGAAGAGAAGAUUCGAGUUUGGAGAUUUACAUCGAGAGAGAAGAAGAAGAGGAGAGAAGAAGAAGACAGAGAGAGGAAGUUGGUAGCUCAUCGAGAUUCAGCAUCGGAGGGAGUUUCAGGAAGAUUUUAAAACUAGGUCAUAAAGAAAAACCCUUGCUUGAGCAUCAAGGAAACGAUAAAGACGAGAACAAAGUGAUGCAUAAGUUCAAUCACAGGAUCUUUGUAUCUGAUGUUGUGUUCAAGAAUCGUUGGAGCAACGUGAGCUCAUCGGAUUUGAUGUUUUUGAAUUCGGAGAUGGUUAGUUCGAUCUCCAGCGAGAGAUUCUCAUUUAGGAGAAGCAAUGAAGAGGAUCAAAGAGGUAACUUGCGGAUCAAGGAAGAUAUGGAGAACAAGUUGAGUUCGAUGAAAACUAUGUUGUUGUCGGAAAGCAACGACUCUGGUUCGAAAUCAAGAAGUGUUAUGACCGAGACAGGAAGAAGAUCGGUCUCUGAGAUCACAACGGUUCCUAGACUCAGUAUUGCGGUUCAUGGCGAUUGUAGCGGUUCAAACGCAGCGACUGCGUCUGAGACGGAGGAGAGAAGACGGCGUUUGUGGCUGCCGAUCGCUAGUAAAACCGCUCAAUGGUUUGCUAACAGAGAAAAAAGAAAUCAAAUUAAUACAACAGUCCAACACUUUAAUGUUUAGUUUAUUUAUUUUUCUUCAUGAAUUGCAAUUUUUACAGGCUUAUAUACAAAAAAUAUUCUUACACAUGUUUGUUAGAUCCGAAGAUAAUUUGUGUAAAUAAGAUGGAUUUAUUUAUAAACAAAUUUAUUUACUUAAAUUAUUUAUAAAAUAAUAAUAAUUGUUAUUUUCAUCUCAUGGAACAAAUCAGCUAACCUGGCAAAUAAGCAGCCACACUCAUUUAAAUUACAUUAUUAGUAUGCCUGCAUCAACUUAUUAUACUUUUCUGUUAACGACUGCAUCAUAUUCAUAUAAUCAAUAAUACACUUAUACGUCUAUCUAUGAACUACCCUUGGUCCUGUCUCUUGAUAGUUUAAAAAGAAAAUUAUGGCCUAUCCUUGGUUUUGUCUCUUGAUUUUUUUUUUGUAUGAAUGUUAAAAUUUAUACAAUUUCAAGAGUACAAUGUUGUGUUAACAGCUUAUAACAACUGUGUCUUGAUAGUUGUCUUCCGCUUCUUUUUUUUAUAGUUGUCUUCCUUUGUUUAGACUAACAUUACUAACUCGUGUAUUUGAAAACAAAAUUACAUAUUAGUUGCUCAAGUCUCACCUAACUGCUAAUAGUGUCAAUUUCAUAACAAAGACUACAUUCGGUGAUUUGGUUAUUAAUAGAAAAACUCAUUUCAAUAAAAUUGAAUGCAAAGAAACACUGAAUAUAGGUUAUAAAUAAGCAUUUAGUUUGUCACUUACUUAAAAGUCCCCAUCAAUAAUAUGAAACCUAAUCUCAUAUUCAAUUUCCUCUUUCGAAUGUUCAACUAUAAUAUUAUAUCUCACCAAACGAUUUAUGAUAUAUUUAUUUAUUUAUUUAUAAGUUGGUGUAGGAGUCUGACUCCUUUGAUUUUGUCUUCAUAUAUUUAUAAAUAAAAUUAUGCCACUAAACUUAAAAUAAACGUAUACGUCGUCAUACAUAUAUACUGUAUACACACAAUAUGCUUUCUAAAAGUCCAUAUAAUUAAAUGGAAAACCUUUCCUUUUCACUCGACAUCUUUUUAACUUUGAAACAUGACGAUAGAACCAGGAAUGCCUUGAGUGCAACAUCAUAGGGGAACCUUUUCAAUAUUGUAUGAUUUAAUAUUUCAUUUAAAAUCUCAUAAGAUAAAUAGAUAAUAUAUUAUAUUUAGAUCUUCGUUGUACAGUUCAUAUUCCAUUUACAAAACUCAUUUACCACAAUUUCUUUUAGUAAUCUUUGAUUAUGAUUGGCAAAAAUUCUCGUUUAAUUUAACUAACCCUAUUGAGAUAGUUGACAACAAAAUAUAUUUCAGAUUUUAACAACUUUAUUUAUAUAUGAAAGUUAUUCAAAGAUUGUUGUUACGUAGAAAGGAAGUCAUUGUAUAUCAUAUGGUCCAACUUUAUGACGUUUGGGGAUGGACACGCAAUUUCAUAUACAUUAUUAAACUGAAUCAAAGGAUAUAACAGAAUAUAAUCAAGCUUAAAUUAUAUAUUUAAGUGUAUUAGGUAGAAUGUGGACCGAUUCAUACAGUAAAAGAAAUAAGCAAAGUCAAAGAAGGUUAAGGUUAACUCCCAUGAGAGUUAAGCAUCAAGUUCGUUUAAUUACAAACUCUCAUGAUACUGUGUUAUGGUAUAAAGCAACAAUGACAUAGUUUCAGUGAAGUUGCAG